AUGAUCCUCUGUGCGCUGGUGGCCUACGGCACCAAAAUCCUCACCGAACACACCAUCGACUCCACCAAGAACUUCUCCAAAGCCAGCUCUACGAUCUUGUCCAAAAUCCCGCCGAAUGACUCCCGUCUCACUUACGCUGCAGACGACUAUCUCUUCCAUUACAUCAAGACCCACGAUGUCGUCUUCAUGUGCAUGUCCGAGGAGUCUCUGGGCCGCAAAAUCCCUUUCACCUUCCUGAACGACUUGCAGCGCAAAUUCUUCAACCAGUACUCUCGAUCUGACCUCCCCUCGACACCACCCUACGGACUGACGGCGUUCAACACCGAACUAGUCGGUCUGCUGACCAGCUACAACCUCCAAGCAGCCGACCCGAGUCAAUCCCAUCUGCAACCCUCGGGAUCCAACCAACAGAUCAAUCUGGCCCGAUCCGAGCUCGCCAACGUCAAGGAUAUCAUGAUUAAGAACGUCGGCGAAAUCCUGAACAGGGGCGAGCGCAUCGAACUCUUGCUCGACAAGACCGACAACCUCAGCGCCCAAUCGAGCGCUUUCCGCAAGCGCAGCCAAGUCCUCAGGCGUAAGAUGUGGUGGAAGAACACCAGAAUGAUCGCCCUCAGUGCUCUCGUCGUUGUCAUGAUUAUCUAUAUCCUUCUCGCUCAAGCUUGUGGGGCCAGUCUAUCGCACUGUAGUCCAUAA